AUGCAUGAAUAUGCAAGUGAAGUAGUCAACAAAGCCAUCCGUUACUUUAUGGAGGACGCAGCAAGUGGCAGGUAUAAACACAAAAUAUAUCAAGUACCUGAAAGAGAAGAAUGCAAGUGGAAGAGACCAACAAAGGGAUGCAUCCACAUGGAUGUUGAUGGCUCGGUCAAUAGAAGAAGGAACGCAGCAUGUGGAGGCCUCAUCAAAAAUGCCCAGGGCAAAUGGGUGAGUGGCUUCCAACAAAAUUUAGGCUAUCUUUCGUCUACAAUAGCGGAACUGCAAGCCAUUCGCAUAGGACUUCAAGGAGUUAAACAACUGAGAUUCAAGAAAGUUCAGCUUUUCACAUAUCCCAUUGAAGCUAUACAACUUUUGAUGAAUGAUAGUGGGAUCUCCCACCCGGUUCGUGAUGAGAUUGAUGAAACGCGAUUGCUGAUUUUCCCUGAUUGGGAUCUUGACAUAUCAUAG